CCCUCGCGCCCUGCGUCCCUCCGCGGCCUGCAGCCUGCGGCGCCCGAGCUCCGAGGGCGCUUCCUCGGGCGCUGGGCCCGAGGCGGCCCAGACGGCGGGCCGGCCGGGCGCGGGGCGGCGGGCGCUGUGCUGCGGGCUGCGCUGGUGGGGGGCGGCGGGCCGCGGCGCGGGCCCAGUGCCCAGCGCGUGCGGCCGGGAGGCGCUCUGGGGGGCGGGCGCGCGGGCGGCGCCCGGGGCUAUGGCCCAGGUCGGCGGGAGCGCGCGGAGGAGGGCGCCGGCGCUGCUCGAGGCGGCCCGCGCGCGCUACAAGAGCCUGCACAUCUGGGACGACGUGUUCGGCGAGUCCGGCCCGGACAGCGGCGGGAACCCCUUCUACAGCACGUCCGGCGCCUCGCGCUCCUCCUUGGCCGCCUCCUCGGACGCCGAACACGAGCGCCCCGGCCCCCCGCUGCCUCCCGACGCCCCCCGAAGCGCAGGAGUCCGACGAGGACGAGGCCAGCACGGGUUGGAGUGCCACGCUGCGGGACCGCCCGCCCCUGCGCUUCGUGGACACUGGCGGAUCACUUGCUGAGAGCAGAGAAGAGUGAGAGGACCAGUUAUCAGCGUUAAGCUGUCUGCUCUCGCUCCAGAAGGCACUUGUGUGUUCUGCUUACCGACACGGUCAUGGUCAAGCCCCUGAUAUCUGGAGGUCGCAGGCCUGCUGGCUUUUGUGGCUGCUUGAAAUUCUCCUUUACUGCCUACUUUUUGGGAAGAUGUGUGGAGGGCCAUGGCUGACUUGGAUGCAGUUGGAGUCAUCUCACAGCACAUGGAAUACACAAUUUAUCUUGCUUCCUGUCUUGAUAACGACAUCUUGGUUUUCAUGCUGUCUUAGAACAAGUAGAACUUGACUUACAUAGGUAGAGACUGAUGCAAACGGAGAAGUUUGGUGGUUCUCCACUGGCCACAGCUUAGCUAGCAAAAAGCAAAAAGCAGAGCCUGCAUUGGAGCCAGGCACUGUGGCUCCAGACCCCAACUCUUCACCCUUGGGCUUCUUGCCACACACCUGCUUCCUUGUCACUAAGAACUUGGUGCAGGAGUUUAACGGUAAGAUCUGAAGAAGUCAAUCUGUUUCUUCUAUGGCUUCAAGGACUUCAGACAAACUUUGCAGAAGAGCAGGUGCUGAUUUUUGCUUGCCUCGUGCCUGGUUUCCCAGCGAUCAUGUCAUCCAGAGGGACCUGCAUGGUGGAGACACUCAUCAGUCCUAGCCCUGGUGUGGCAGAUGACAUCCCCCAUUUGAGACCAGCGCCAGU